UAUCCGGAAGAAGUGACAAAACGCAAGCCUGUUCUUUUAAAGAUGGGUAAUAUUUAACAUUUUCUGCAGCUGUGUUAGUUUAAGCCUCCUGAUAGGGGCGCUGUAUUAAAUUAAACUAAUUCUAGAUCCAUGGUGCGCGGGGCACGUCUCACACAGUCUCUCGGGGAUCGUCUCUUAGUGCGUCAAGACUCCAAAGAGCAAGACCACAAUAAUUAUCACUUUCAAGACUCCAAACUCCAGUCCCAAUGGCGUCCUCCCAGGUCCGCUUGAGAAUUCUCCCCUCCGCCCGCUGUCUGUUCGACAAAACGGUGCAGAUCAGAGUGGAGGGCCUUUCUCCGCACAAACCUCUCAUGCUCCGCUCCAAAGUGGUAGAUGACAGGGGCAUUGUUUUCAAAGCCACUGCCCAGUACAGAGCAGACAAGCUGGGGUGUGUGGACGUGUCUCAGGCUGCUUCUCUGGGUGGUAGUUACACCGGAGUGGAGCCGAUGGGACUGUUCUGGUCCAUGUUACCGGAGACUCCUCAUAGUAAACUAGUGAUGAAGACGGCGCUGAAUCCGAUGCAGGUGGAGAUUUCCGCUCUGGAUGAGGGAAAUGGCGGAGAGGUGCUGGCGUCGGAGAUCAACUACAGGGAGUUUAUGGCGGAGGGGGUGAAGAGGAUCCCAUUGACGGAGGGCAGGUUGAGAGGAACGCUGUUUGUGCCACCAGGACCAGGCCCAUUUCCAGCGAUCGUGGACUUGUACACGCUGGGAGGACGCCUGUCUGAACCCAGAGCCAGUCUUUUGGCCAGUAAAGGCUUUGUUACAAUGGCUCUGGCCUAUCAGGACUACCAGGAUUUACCCAAAAAUCCGAAAUACGUCGAGCUGGAGUACUUUGAAGAAGCCGUCAAAUAUCUGCUGAGUCUGCCUGAGGUUAAAGGUCCAGGCGUUGGCAUCAUUUCCAUCUCGAACGGUGGCUUUAUCGCUUUGGCCAUGGCAUCUUUCCUUGACAACAUCGCCGCCACUGUCUGGAUCAAUGGUUGCAUCUCCGCUAUUGUCAUCCCCUUGCGCUACAAAGACGUACACCUCCCUGCUCUCAGGCUUAUUUGGGAAAACCUCAAAGUACUCGAGUCUGGCCUUUUGGAUAUCAGCAGAGGUUUAGCCGAUCCACAAGAACACAAAGAGUCUCUGAUCCCCAUUGAACGCGCAACCAGCCAAUUCUUAUUCGCUGCUUCUGGAGACGACUACAACUGGGCCAGCGUCCCUUUUGCCAAACAAGCAGAGGCCACUUUGAAAAAGCACAACAAAAACACGUGUUCUGUGGUAGUGUAUCCCAAAGCGGGGCAUUUUCUGGAGAUGCCCCCCAUGCCCUUCUGCCCGUCGGCGGUGCACGCGGCGGUGGGGAAGGCGGUGUACUUCGGGGGGGAGGCCAAAGCCAACGCGGAGGCCCAGGUGGAUCUUUGGGAGCGGGUCCAGCAGUUUUUCAAAACUCACUUGGGGGCUGAGAAACCACUGAGUUCCAACUUGUGAUGUCGUGGUAAUGCAGGAAGUGCUCCACGGUGUUUUUAAACAUUCACUAGAAAAAUUUGAAUGAUUUCAGCUUGAAAAUGAUCGCUUCAUGACAUCACAAGGUGGAAGUGAGCAUUCUGAGCUUUGGAGAUGUAGAUAGACUAAUAAUAUAAAGGUGCUAUAUUAAACAGAAUUGACUUGUGAUGAAGGAAAUAGCGUAAUAUGGGCCCUAUAAAGCUCAGAGUGGAUUUUGCGUAAUAUUGGACAUUUAAAUACAGGGAUUCAUGAUGUGUUUCAGUGCGAAUACUGUUCGGUAUAAUUGUGGUGUGUUUAAUUAGUAAAUUGUAUAUCAUACUUUUUGAACAGUAAAUGAAAUUAAUCAGUACUCAAUACUGACUCUGAUACCACAAUGAUUGAUUAGUUAUUGCAUUUAUAUUGUGCCUUUCAGUGCUUUAAGGUGCACUGUUCUGUAAUUCCACACUUGGCAAAGUCAAUACUGUAUUUUCCGCACUAUAUGGCGCGCUGGAUUAUAAAGUGCACUGUCAUUGAAUGGUCUAUUUUCUAACUUUUUUCACAUAGAAACCGCACUGGACUGUAAGGAGCAUUAAACGCAACACAACAGUUAGAUAAGUCAGUCAAACUUUAUUUAACACGUUCACAAUAACUCUCAACUUUGUUCAUUUGUAACAUGUAAAAAAAAAUCCUGUCUGAGACUCUAGAUUGUUAGUGUGUUCACAAUAACUCAAUUGUUCAAACAGUUGGGCGAUUACAGCGUCCAGCACGCCCACAUCCCUCUCGUCAUUAUCCGAGUCAGUGUGGUUACUGUUACCUGGCAGUUCAGUGAUGAUUUCGGUGUUGGUGAAAGCUCAGACCGCAGGUGAUACUGAUCCUUAGCCCAGGCGUCCACGAUCCAUUGGCAGAUCGUGGCGUAAGUCGCUCGGCGCCGUCUCCCUGUCUUGGUGAAUGUGUGUUCGUCUUCUCUCAUCCACUGCUCCCACGCAGCUCGCACUUUAACUUUAUAACAGCCUUGAGUUUAAAGUCGGCGUUGUAAGCGUGUCUCGACAGGUGCAUUUUGAUAUUAAAAGGAAUCACAGUAUGUAUUACUCUGCGAUGCUCCUGACUACAGGAGCCGUAAUGCUGCAAGUGAUGUGGCUUUGUAGUUUACUAAAGUCGUACUAAGACACCCCAAUACAUUCAUAUAUAAAUCACUCUGGAUUAUAAGGCGCGCAGUCAUUUUUUGAUGAAAUUAAAGGCUUUUAAGUGCACCCUAUAGUGCAGAAAAUACAGUAAUUUAUUGUAACCUCUCUGUCCUGAGGCAGACUGAUGGAAGUGUGGCUGCCAAUCUGUGCCAUCAGCCCCUCUGACCGCCACCAUCACUCACGCACACACCAUUUGACAAUAAAAAGGCACUCUUUAGACAAUAGAAUACUCAUUUUCAACAUUAAGUAAUAAUUAAAUAAUAGUACUUUCUUUUCUAUUUCCAUGUGGCCUUUAUAUCUGUGUCAUCCCGCUGGUCCAGGUAGGUUCCACAGUGGUCCGUGGGUGUACACUAGUCUAUGUGCUCUUAUACUUGUUCUGAUACAACUCAAGACCAUUAUAAAGUUAUUCAAAAAAGGUUUCAGCACUAGCUUUAAUACAGACGAGUAUUUGACUUUUGAUAUUUUUGAAAACUCUAAAAUUUAACUGAAGAUGCAUUAUGUGCUUCCCUAGAAUGUUCCACAGUGGCACAGCAUGUACUUAUUUGAACUUAUUGUUAUUAUUGCUCAACAAGUUUGUAAAAACAUGGAUGCCUGUUUAAGAACUACCAGCUGUACAUGAAUCAGUAAUAUUGACAUCUGGUGGCUGCUGACUUCCACUACAUUAUUUUUCCAUAGCAAAAAUGUUGAAAAUGUCUUUAUCUUUACUUUUUACUCUUUUCUUCUUUACUAUUUACAACUUUUUUAAGUUUAAAUUUAAUCAAAUCCAAGUUGAAUGUGGUGUUAUUGCAUUAAAUUAGACACAAUUAACUCUUGUGAGAUUGUGACCGUGUUGUAAUGUUAUCUCCUCGGAAACAGACCUGGAGUUGUGUUUUGUUGCAUCCACACGUUUCACACAAACUCUGCACAUGUGGUAAAACAGGACGCGCUCCACUGUGUUUUUAAACGAUCAUUUCAGCCCUGGAAUUGCCAAUCUCUCCUGGAAAAAAGGUAAAAAGUAGCUCUUAACUUGAAACAUACAGUAGAACGGAGCAUUUUGAGCUCGACAAACUGAUAAAGGAUCACGCAAACAUGUGACAAUAAAACAAUACAACUCCCAGGUUUGUUUUCGAUGAGUUUUAACUUUGCUUCAACCUCACAACGAGAGUCAAUUUUGUGUAACAGCGCACCUUUAAGACUAUGAUUCCUAAUGAUAAACGCUCUCACUGUCA